AUGGGUCAUGCAAAUUUAUGGUUUUCUCAUCCUCGAAAAUAUGGACCUGGUUCCAGAUCAUGCAGAGUUUGUUCGAAUCACCAUGGAUUAAUAAGGAAAUAUGGCUUGAAUAUGUGCCGUCGUUGUUUUAGAGAAUACGCUAAGGAUAUCGGCUUUAAAAAGAGGAUUAAUAUUGAGGAGGAUAUUUUGCUCUAUGUAGAUUUUGGUUUUCGUAUUCAACUAUUCGGCCAUUUCACCGUCAUCAGCCAGUCGGAUCUUAUAAUGGAAUUAAUGGAACUCCCCGAAGUGGUGUUAUCGUGUCGACAGAAGCAGUUUAUUCUUUUCACUGGUCUUGAUGUAGCAAAUAAUACAGCACAUUCGGUUAUUUUUCAAGCGUUUACACAAAAUCGAGGAUCCGAUCGUCUUCCGCUUAAUAUCGCGAUUUUGUCCGCUGAACAUUCUUUUUAUGCCAAGAAAAAAUUCGUAAGGAAGACUUCAAAAUCACCAAAAGGUUUUAUAAAAUUAAGUUGGCUAACCAAAUACCUUUACGAUAUUCCAGCAGUUGUUGUAGUUUUUACGGAUUUGAAUUGGAACCAUCCAUCGUGGAACGAAAAGGUCACCGAAUGUGAAUCGAAAAUUUCUUCAAUCAGAACAAGUGCUGGUGCACGAGGCACUCGUAUAUGUUUGGUACUUAUGCAGAAUUCUAAUCCGAUUGCUAUGGACGAUCCAAUUGCUGGUGAACGCGCUGCAAUGCUGUGUCAGAGUUGCCAGAUAUCAACUAAACAGCUUUUUAUAUUGCCAUUAGGUGAUCAACUACAUGGUUAUAUAAUCAGGUGCAUCCUAUUUUCUUUUUUAAAAAAACAAUUCUUGUAUUAUAAAAUGAAGUUUUUUAGACCAUAA